AUGCAGUACUUCCUUUCCCUGAACAAAGCCUCUGGCGAACUCUGCAGGACCUUCAAGCAAGACCUAUUCCCAACCGAAGUGCCUGUAACGGCCGAAGAGAGGGAUUUUCCUCUCGGUUUUAUCCUAACUGUGUACAAAAGCAUCAAUCAGGUCGCGCGCCUGCUGCGUCUCAUAUAUCGGCCACAGAACUUCUACGUCAUUCACGUGGAUAGAAAGUCACCACAGGAGUUCUAUGAUGCAGUUCAAGAAAUCGCAACAUGCUUCGGUGCCAAUGUUGGUGUGGUUCCUCGAAGCCUGACUGUCAAUGUCACCUGGGGAAAAUACACGGUCCUGGAGCAGGAACUCGUUGCCGCGCGAAUGCUCCUACAAAUGGGGAAGUGGAAGUAUUUCAUAAAUCUGACAGGCCAGGAAAUGCCCCUGAAGACUAAUUUGGAACUGGUCCUGGCACUCAGAAUGCUAAACGGUUCCAACAUAGUUGACGCCACAUUAAAAAGACAAGACAUGCCGAGAAUCACCAAAGAAAAAUUAUCUUUUCCCGUAAGUAUGUAACACUGCACUUCCAGUUUAAACAGUAGUCUGUUCAAUAUCCGCCACUGCAUGCGGACGGGCCGUUUCAGAGUGCCAGAUGGUUCCGUCAACAGAGAAAUAAGGAUGUAAAAUUCGCAAUUUUCAUGCAGACGCUGGAUUAAAAAAUAUCGAUGUCUGGUCCCUUCAAGGUGAGACGCAGGAGUCGCACUGGACCAACAUGGGGGACAGACCAGAGUACGACACACGUUACUGGAUUGUGUAGCCACACAUGGGGGGGCAUUGGCAUGUCUAGGUGCAGUCCCGCGUCGCACUAGCCACCUGCGGCCAGUCCCUGCAUCAGAUGACUGAUCAGCUCGACAGUGAACUAUUGCCUGAAACAGUGAAGGCAGAGUGAGGUUGACUCGUGCGACCCCAAGCUCAAGUUAUGCAGCACAUUAUUAUCGUUUUAGGCUAUCUGACACGCUUUUAAAAUAUCACGGCUGGCUACAACCCGGGGAGUUGGAAGUUGGCUAGGUCCCCCUCUUGGAGGAGCAAGUCAAGCUUUAAUGACCUCGAUUUCAGGACUAAGUCAUGGGGCCCGAGCCUUCCCCCACAUUGGUUUUUUUGUAAACCCGUUGCUUCGGCAUGCGUACGGCACGCGUAGACGGCUUGCUCAGCUUUUCCAGCUAUUGUGCCUAAUCCCACCUCCAGUCCUCCUACAGUAAGUGGGUUAACUCAUGAAAUCUAAACAGAAAUUCCGAAAUGCGUUUGCAUUUCGAAAAUAGUAAUUAAAUGGCGUUGUGAAACUAACCAUCAUACGGAAUAAUUCUAUAACAGCUUAGUUACCCCACGACACCGGUUCCCGAACAAACUUCUUUCCGGAUGCAUCCAGGAACCACACUCCGUAAAAAAAAGGCUACUUAAGUAGCAUGCACUUUUUCAUUGAUUUUCGAUGCCCUUAAAGAUUCAAUUAUAUUUCAUGGAAAAAGGCACGAAAAUAUUGAUUCUUUUGCUCAUUCGAUAGAAAAUGACAUCUUCUUCUAAUACUUUACUCGAACGAGGGACAAAAUUCUGUUUUCAAAAACCUUUCCAAUUCCCGAAUAAUUUUGAACGCGGUCUACCGUCACACUUGGAUUUAGGGUUACAAAACAACAAGCCGUAUAUUUUCCGCGUACGGAAAACCACACAUUUCUCUACCGCAAUAAAAGGGGUCCAGCUCUGUCAGCCCAGUCCGACCUGCCGUCCUCCUACAGUAAGUGAGCUAACUCAUAAAAUCUCAACAGAAAUUCCGAAACCCGUUUUCGUUUCGAAAAGAGUAACUAUGUAGGGUUAUAAAGCCAAUCAUCGUGCAGCAUAAUAAUAUAAGAAUUCAGUUACCUCAGGAGGCCAGCUUUCGAAAGGACUUCUUUUCGGAUGCAUUCAGGAACCAUACUCCGUAGAAAUUGACUACUUAAUAACAUGUGUUUUUUCAUUGAUUUUCGAUGUCCCCAAAGAUCCAAUUAUAUUUCAUGGAAAACUAAUAUAAAAAUAUUCAUUCUUUUGCUCACUCAGUAGAAAAGAUCGUCUUCUUUUAAUUUUACACUCGAAGGAAGGUUAUAAUUUGGUUUUAUAGAACUUUUCUAAUUCCGAAUAAUUUUGAACCUAACCUGCCGUUACACUUGCAUUCAGGGUUCCCAAAUUACAAGCCGUAUAAUUUCCGCGUGCGUAAAACCACACAUUUCUCUACGGUAAUAAAGGGUGACCAUAUAGGGUUCAUAAAAUUAAGGAGCGGAUUUGAGCCGCAUUGUUAACUUUUCGUCGGUCCUGAGCAUACAUUUAGCUAACGGGUAUCUGGCUGGAAGCUGUAAAAGACCUUAGUAAUUUCGUCGGUGCGGUACUCUGCCUACCACAGCAACCGCAAUUUCAACUGUCAUUCUUUAGUGCACAGGAGCUGCUAUCGCUUUGAAUGGUCAUAGAGAGAGUUUUCAUGAUAAAACAGUGCAAUCUGGAAGAAAGGACUAUGGCUAGUCCCUCGCUCCCGUAAUUUUUUCCAGCGCUUGCUGCUUAUGCGUUUUAAUACUAUCCUAGUGCGGUUAGGGAGCGCUCACCCUUCCUUAAUUCCAUCUCUGUGUGGUCGCGUGUGGGACGGAUCCGUGCAUUAUUAUCAAGGUGUAAGGGGCUACCCAUGGCGCCCUCGCACCAAGGACAUUUCGACCGUCGCGAGGGACAAUGUCCAGCGCGCGCGCGCGCGCACUCCACGGAGUGGCUGCUACACCGGGUCCUUGUCCGUGAAUUGGUUUAUGAUGAGGCGGCCUUGCAUAGCAUCUAUCGCACUCUGCCCUUCCUCUCCGAUGGUGAGACAAUGCCAAGGCUACUGGAGGUGGGCGCGGGCGCCCUGAAUGACAAAUCCGAACAGCCGGCCACAUGACAGGUCGACUGUCGUGCUAGACGAUGUCCGCCGUGUGUUCCACAGCAAGGUGAAGCAGGCAUGAUGACUUGCGCGAGAGAAGACUUGAGUAGCUCCGACCGCGCUAUUUUCUCCUCUCUGACGUGAAACCGGUGUGAAGACAUCGUCUUGAAGACCGGAGGCGGGAGAGCGCCCAGGUGACUGGCACGGCCGGACCCUCACCUCGGCGUUCCACCACACCCCCUGGUCCCCAACAAACACUUGAUCAGGAUUUUAACUAACAACAAAACAAAGAGGGAGGAUGACAGAAAAACCGCGCACACGACCUGUAUACCCAGAGGGAGCGUACGCGCAUCUACCAACAGGGGACCAGGGGCCAGAGAUGUGCCAUAACUGACAAGGCUGCGAGAGUCACGGUUUGCCUAAUUAUAGCACAGCAAGCGUAUGUAAUCCUUAAGGUCCGAAGUGAGAUGUCAAGUGUGGACAAAAUUAGAGAUUAAAACACUUAGUGGUAUAGACCUCUCUGAAGUAGACAAACAGAGCAGGACUUAAUUGUAUCAAAAAUUUCGCGACGGCUCGUCAGCUGCGUCCUGUCGCUUCAUAACACAGACAAUGAGUGGGAAUCAUACAACAGAUUUGAAUUCGUGCAGAAAAUCAAUGCUGGUCAUGAUUUGGGUAAAGCUGGCUAAUCGAUAAAGUUAGUAACUCGAACACCGUAGGGGAAGAAUGGUGAAAAAGGGGGAGCGUUAACGAGCAAAAAAGUGAGAGGGGAAGGAAAAAGCAUGGAGAUAGAGGCUACCAUGGUAAUGUUAGGCUAACCACGUGUUCAAACUGUUUACAAAAAUCUGGUUUCACCCAUCGUAUAUAGACCGCCUCCAGGUAACGCAAUGUCCCAGUUGUUCGUGUCCGAACAAGUACUCGGAAGGAAGUUUUAGGGUCGACGGAAUGACACAUACAGUGUUGAUUUACCAUAUCGAUUAGCCAACUUUACCCAAAGCAUGACCUUGCUGUUUCUGCAUUGAUUUUUUGCACGAAUUCAAAUCUGUUGAAUCCUUCCCACUUGUUAUCUAUGUUGUGAAUCGACAGGACGCAGCUGACGAGCCGUCGCGAACUUUUUGGUACUAUUAAAUCCUGCCCUGCUUGCCUACUUCAAAUUCGUACCGGGGACAAAAUGCUUCAAAUUAUAGACCUCACUCAAGAUGAUAGUCUGCGCAGACGCCAAUCACACCGCUAUGUCUGUCAACUUGGAAUUUCGAACUGGUUAUGGUUGAGCCCCAUUCACCGAAUACGUCUGGUAACUAGGAGCUUGAGCUUGUCUUCUCUCCUGGGGUGGCGAGAAUUCAUCCUAAGGUGCGACGCCACUUCUGCGCCGACCCGACAGACAGGCCGACUUACAGCCAUGUCAAAUCAUAAGGCCACGAAUAUCUACGUCUCCAAACACACGCCAGUCAACAAAAGGACUCUGGCUUUUUCCAACGUCAGACAAUCCCCACUUACGCCGUCUGCCCUACAUCCCACAGCAGUGGUGGCUAAAUUAGAUGCUGUCUGAGGCAGUUGAUCACCCCCUUUGUGUAGUUAAGGUGAUAACUACUUUCAGACAUUUCUGAUGAUAGAAGGUAGACUUUUGAUCAAAGGGAGAAACCACUCCUGCCUCUUGGAUGUCGCUAUUGCCACUUCUGCAUGGGACAUUAUCCGGAUCUCACAAGUACAGUAGGUGUGAUGAUUCAUGAAAUGUUCGCUGAAAUUCUGCAAUGCGUUUUCGUUUCAAUAAGACUACCUAAGUAGGGUUGAAAAAUGCAUCAUCACGCAGCAUAAUUCCAUAAUAAUUCAGUUACCUCAGAAUGCCAGAUUUCGAGCGAACUACUUUCCGGCUGCAUGCAAGAACCACCCUGCAAAAAAUUACUACAUGAAUUUUUCUCAUUGAUUUUCGAUGCCUUUAUAAAUCUGAAUAUAUUUCGUGCAGAAAAUCAUUAAACUAUUCACUCUUUAACUCACUUGGGGGAAAAUCAGGUCCUCUUCCAAUUUUAUACUCAAAAGUAGGGUGUAAUUCGGUUUCAAAGAAGUUUCUAAUUGUGAGAUUUUCUAAUACCGUGAAGUGCCUGUUCAUAAAACGUAAUGUCUCUGCAUUUACCAAUGUGGCCCAUAAAGUUAACAAUAUGGCUCAAAUCCACUGCCAAAUUUUGUGAAGACCAUAUGGUCUCCUCUUAAUAUCGUAGAGAAACGCAUGGUUUUCCGUACGCGGAAAAUACACGGCUUGUAGUUUGGAAAUCCUGAAUGCAAGUGUAACGGUGGAGCGGGUUCAAGAUUAUUCCGGAAUUAGAAACUUUUUUGAAAACCGAAUAAUACUCUGUCCUUGAGUAUAAAAUUGAAGGCAAACGUGACUUUCUACCAAAUGAGCUUAAGAAUGAGUAUUUUUAUGCAUGUUUUCAAUGAAAUAUAGUUACAUUUUUAUGUCCAUCAAAAAUCUGUGAGAAAAAUUCAUGCUAAUUUAGUAUUUAUUUUUUUUUCCAGAAUGUGCUAAUAUUAUUGAAAAGAAAACGCAUUUCAGAAUUUCUGUUAACAUUUCAUGAGGUGGCACACCUACUGUCUGUACUUCUUAGAGAACAGAGUUCCGAUUUCUUCGUCUUCUUCAUCAAUGUAAUCGUGAUACUGACGGCGUGCGCAACCAUGAGCUUCAAUCCUGGUGGCCUGGGUGAUAUUACAGAGCUCCCUCCACUGGCUUUCGGCAUUGGUAUGCGCCUCCAGGUGUUGCAUUUUUUCUAGGUUUCAUGCAACUGCCAAAAUUCAACCAGCAUUCAGUUGUACAAAGCAAUACAGUAGUUAACUUGCUGGAUGCUGACUUACACUGCAAUCGCCUGCGUGGUUGCAGUUCCACCCGGGAAUGGGGACCUCCUCCACCUAAUGUAGGUAGUUCUGUGCCAAAUCCCAGGAGGUGUACCUAUUCCCUGUCCAAACCCUUAACCAUAACCCUAACCUGGACAUCCUGGAGUUUGGCGCAAGGCCACCUCUAUUUGGGAGGUCCUAUUUCCCUUCCCUGACAAAGCCUCAUCAUGGAAAUGACAAGGUGGCGAUCCGUUGCCCCAGUCAUGAGCACGUCAUGCUGGUCAUGUCUACGGAUGGGGACAUAGCCCGUGACGUGAGCCAGAGUGCAUUUACGUCUCCCUCUCCCGGAGGAGGGGGGAAUGCGCUGGUCAGGCGAAGACUGUGCUCCGUGCAGGCCUACAGGUGAAGUUAGUUGCAGCUGCAGAUCACGUGACGACGCCCGCAGGUACCCUAGCCUGUGACGACAAGGGCAUUGAGGUCACAAUCAGUUUGCCAGUCCUAACCGCAGCCACUAGGAGGCGUGCUGUGGGUCUUGAUGAAAUUUGGUCCUCACGUCAUCGGAGAUGUUCAUUCCGGAGGGGGGGAGGACGUGGGCAGUGAUAAAUAUGACGAAGUUUGUUCCUCGAAGAGGCUUGCUAAUAGUCAUGGGACGAUGGUUGAAGCCCUGCGACAGGCAGGAUAACUGUCUCACGGCGUCGUUCCUGAUGGUGAAAACGACUCCGGCCUCUCGUCGUCCUGCCUUUGGACGUCCGCUCCAGGCGAAUGUGUAUACGGCGACCAAGACCUCCAGUUGUCCCUGUUCGGGUCUCACUGAGAGCCCUGACGCAGUUCGCAAGCGGGCGAGGUAGUUGUUUGUUGUAGUUUUCUGGUCGAAUUUUUUGUGCUUUCAAGCCAUGAUUUGUUAGCAAUUUUUAGAGUAGCCAUUUAACUUACCCCUCCCUCGUGAGGGCUGCUUAGAUCUCCCCAGGCGGCUACCGGAGUCUACCAUGGGCCACGACUUCCGUUUAGUAAGCAAACGAUUGGAACCGAUCUAGUGCACCUUUGGGAUUGUAUAUCGCCCCCGCUGUACGACCUUUUUGCCCGGGUGUGGGGAGGGAGGAUGGGGACUAGUUCAGGGGCCAUCGGAUGUGACUGUACACAUGCAAGACACCCUCACCCAUCGCCCCCCACCCCCGGUCAAGGACGGUUACCGGAGUACAGUAGGUGGGCUAAUUCAUGAAAUGUCGACCAAAAUUGCAAAAUACGUUUGCGAUUCGAAAAGAUUAAUUAAGUAGGGUUGUAAAACUAGUCAGCCUGCAACAUAAUUCCAGAAUAUUUCAGUUAUGGCAGGAUAAUGGUUUUCGAAUGAAAUUCCUUCCGGCUGCAUGCAAAAGCUACACUCUGUAAAAAAUGACUACUUUUGUAGCAUGAAUUGCUUCAUUGAUUUUCGAUGCCCCUAAAUGUCCAAUUAUAUUUCAUGGAAAACAUGCAACAAAAUAUUCAUCCUAUGCUCAUUCGGUAGAUAAUUAUGUCUUCCUCCCGUCUUAUACUCGAAGAAGAGACACAAUUCGGUUUUCAAAAACCUUUCCAAUAUCCGAAUAAUUUUGAAGGCUCUCUAACGUCACACUUGGAUUUAGAGUUUCGAAACUACAAGCCGUAUAUUUUCCGCGUUUGCAAAACCACACAUUUCUCUACAGUUCAUAAAAUUUCGCAGUGGAUUCGAGCCAUAUUGUUAACUUUACGAGCCACAUUGAUAAAUGCAGAGAAAUGACGAUUUAUGAACGGGCAUUUCGUGGUAUUAAAAAGUCCCACAAUUAGAAAUUUUUAAAAACAGAAUUAUGUCCCUUCUUCGAGUAUUAAGUUAGAAGACGUAAUUUUGUACCGAAUGAGCAAACGAAUGAAUAUUUGCGUAAAUGUUUUCCAUGAAAUAUAAUUAAAUUUUUAAGGGCAUUGAAAAUCAAUGGGAAAAAUGCAUACUAUAUAAGUAGUCAUUUUUUGUAGAGUAUAGUUUUUGUGCGUAGCCGGAAGAAAAUUCAUUCGAAAGCCGGCAUCCUGGCGUAACUGAAUUAUUAUAAAAUUAUACUGAAGGCAUAUUAGUUUUUCAACCCUUCUUAAUUAAUCUUUUCGAAACGAAAACGCAUUUCGGAAUUUCGGUUGACAUUUCAUGAGUUAGCCCACCUACUGUAUGGCCGCCGUGCCGAGCACGCUUCUGACGAAGCACAUAUGAGAACUGGGUGUCCAGACGGCGCGAUGUGGAUGUACCCAUCAGGUUCAACGGUGCGUUUCUGGAGGGAAGGGGAGGACGUCAGUGUACCUUUUAUAAAAACUUGCUACUACUUUUACCUUGAUGUCAGGCACAUAUAUUGCCCUCUAUGUGCGUAAAAAUAACCGGCAAUGUGUCUGCGGUAGGGUGUACUCAUCGCGUGAAGUCGUCCUACGUCCACCUACUGCAACGUGACUCCUGCCUACGUCAGCCUCUACACUCCAUCACAUCUUCCCGCACAACCUAUCGCCAGGUUUUCUGAAAUUAGGUGUCUAUCUGCAAUCCACGUCCCAAGGCCUCACAACUACUUUCCUGCUAGCCCGCGUUGUUUAAAGUAACUCACAUCAUUCCCGUAGGAACUAAAAGUUAAACUUUUUUGAAGUUAUCAGAAGACGAGGUGGCGAGCGUACGUAGCUUUCGAUAAAUUCUCGUCGGCCCAGUCCAAUUAUGUGUGAAUGGGGUAGAAGUAAAAACACGUCGGUGAUAAGAUAAAUCGAUAAAAGCUCUCCUUAAAACACAGGCGCGACGUGGGGGGGGGGGGGGGGGUAAUAGCAGUCACUGUUGGGGACGGGUUGAGAGCGGAGGGGCGCGGAAAGUUGCGACGUUAGUCGACCUUCCACCAGUGUAGGCGCGGAGCCUACACAUAAGAUUUGCUUUCGUAACCUAAUGGCGGCCGCUUCCGCUGUCGCUAACAGGCGCUUAGGGUAGCUCGAUGGGACCUUAUAAAUCACACGAAAAGCUUCGUUGGGGUCCACGCGAUGUCCGGAACCGACAACAUGCGCGAGAACGGCGCUGCUAAUGCCCCUCGUUUCGCCUUUUCCCAGCACUGCCGGGAGGUGUUCUCCUAUUCUCUUGGAUAAGCGCCGACUCGUGCGACCAAUGUAACCUGCUCCACAAGAGCAAGUGAAGGAAUACUUGUACAUUGAGGUGGUCUGCGGUGGCAACUUACCCCUGCCUUAUCCGCGUAAAAUAGGGUUAGUGGGGAGUGGUAUUUGAACCCUCGCCGCUGGGGAUGUUCGCGAGACAGCUUGAUCAAGGCGUCAUCUUAAGAGUUUACUCGCAGCGUCGCCUUGGAAAGGGACUUUGAGGAACAACGUUUUCUUUUUGGCGGUCGGUUUGGCGGGUUUGAUCGGCCGUUCGACAAUGUUCUUUGCAAUAAACCUGUCAGGAUACCCGUUUUCGCGAAGGAAGCUUUGGAUUUUUCUGAGCUCCUCUUCGAUGCUAUCUGUUGAGCAAAUUUUUCUAGCUCUUUGUGCCAAACACCGGAUUAGAUUUCGUUUUUGUUGUAGGGGUAUGAAAUUAGCGAAGUUUGUGUAUUGUCCAGACCAGGUUUUCUUCCGGUGAACGCUUCUUCGGGCACUGCCGUCAGGUCUCCUGCAUGGAAGAACAUCUAAGAAGCAGAGCCAACCGGCCGUUUCGAUCUCCAGCGCGAGUUUGACCGACAGAUGUGCCUGAUUUGCAGCAUCUAAGAGGGUAGCUACGUCGGUUUAUGCAGUGGCAAUUGAAAAGAUAUCAUCAACAUAGCGGCCGCAAUAUUUAAGCUUAUCGAUCUGAGAGCUUAGUUGGAAUCUGUCCAAUUUGCCCAUGAAGACAUCGGCUAGGAGAGGUCCAAGGAGUAAGCCCAUAGCAACGCCGUCUGCUUGUCUAUAGAGUUGGUUAUCGAAUAGGAACUGCACAUUUAAUGUGCAUCUUAGUAAUAGUGUCUUGAAUGUCUUCAUUGGAAUUCCUAUUUCCUGCUGACUUGCAGAUGGAAAAUCACAGGUGUAAUCAACCGCCUCGGUGACCGGAACGUUUGAAAAAAGUCAUGAGACGUCUAACGAGAACAUCACCAUCCCGUUAACGUUAAGGGCUUUGAUGUCGUCAAUGAAUUCAAAGUGAUCUCGGUAGCUGCGUGGUGCUAGUUGACGCUGUAUAAGGGCUUGAGUUUCUCUGCUAGCCACUUUGUUAUCGCAUGAUACGACGAGUUUCGCAUGUCUAAAAUCGGACGGACUAGCAGGCCUUCUUUAUGGAUCUUAGGUAGACCAUAUAGUCGAGGGAUAUGUGUAUCGACUGGUCGGAGGUGUUCGAAGUCACGGUCGCUUAUGGGGCCCUCCUUGUGUUGAGCCUUCUUAGACAGUCAGUCAGUUUCGUGUCUAAUUCUUCUGUGCAAUCCUCUCCUUCGUCUUCCUUCCUGAAUUUUUUCUGGUCUGAUAAUAUGGACUGUAUCUUUGUUACGUAGUCCGAUCUGUUCAUUAUAACGACGCCUGUUCCGUUCUCAGGUCUAGUUACCAGGAUCUUUUUGUUCUUCCGAUGUUCUUUUAAUUUUUCCAUGCGCGCUUUUGUCAGCAUUCCUCGAAUUUUUGGUCCUUUGUUUAUGUACUGAUAACUGCAACUCACUAGUGUUGACUCAGUUUCUGGUAAAAAAAACUGUCUUGCAGGGCUUCGGCCGCCCACAGUCCUUCUUCGCAAGCCUGCUCGGUGACAAGACGGAGUUCAAACGACCGGAAUGCGGACUGGAUCACGCCUGUCCACGCACCAACUGAUUAUCACAAAAGUGUACCAGAACACCAUGGACCUUAUCUUUGUGAGCGAUUUAAGAAGGGACCACUGAGCCUUACUCUUCAUUCUCAUAAUACAGAUAUAUAGUAAGUGUCAAUAAAGGUGAAAAUCCGAUUCCCGGGUGGCAUAUCAAAAGAAGAGGAGGCGUUCACCGGGAGAGGUGUAUUUGAGGUCGGACGUUUCGGGUAGUCGUUUCUUCUACCCAUCUUCUGAGACUGAGCACUCGUGCACACAGCUAUCCUUUUAUGGCGCACGUUGUUCAAGGCCUGGCCCAUCAAUGCCGCCUGCGUGGCUGCAUCCGACCCGCAUGUCACCGUGACCUGAAUUCCGCCCAUCUUCGUCGGCCGCGGUGAUAAUUGGCGGCCCCGAUUGUCCCGCGCCGUGACUGUCCCCCGUCAAGAAUGUCCGUAAAACCAGAUAAGGGGGAGGUAAAUUGAUGUGGCGGUUGACAGAGCAGUCGGUAGACAUCCAGGCUUCUUGCACCUGUCUUGCCGUAUGAUCAUCUCCUCGGCCCACAACUUCAACGGCGUCAAAGUUGAAGACGUGUCCCAUUUGGGCGGCAUGGGUUGCUACCUCCGACUUUGAGUCCAACCUUCGCACGGCCAACUUAUGCUCGUGCAUGCGCGUUUGCAGCCGUCGGCCGGUUUCCCCAACGUAGUUACACAUUCCGCAGCUGCACUGAAGUCGGUAGACAACAGCGGACAUCUCUGCGGAAUGUGUAACUACGUUGGGGAAACCGGCCGACGGCUGCAAACGCGCAUGCACGAGCAUAAGUUGGCCGUGCGAAGGUUGGACUCAAAGUCGGAGGUAGCAACCCAUGCCGCCCAAAUGGGACACGUCUUCAACUUUGACGCCGUUGAAGUUGUGGGCCGAGGAGAUGAUCAUACGGCAAGACAGGUGCAAGAAGCCUGGAUGUCUACCGACUGCUCUGUCAACCGCCACAUCAAUUUACCUCCCCCUUAUCUGGUUUUACGGACAUUCUUGACGGGGGACAGUCACGGCGCGGGACAAUCGGGGCCGCCAAUUAUCACCGCGGCCGACGAAGAUGGGCGGAAUUCAGGUCACGGUGACAUGCGGGUCGGAUGCAGCCACGCAGGCGGCAUUGAUGGGCCAGGCUUUGAACAAAGUGCGCCAUAAAAGAAUAGCUGUGUGCACGAGUGCUCAGUCUCUGAAGAUGGGUAGAAGAAACGACUACCCGAAACGUCAGACCUCAAAUACACCUCUCCCGGUGAACGCCUCCUCUUCUUUUGAUACAGUAAGUGACCUAUCUCAUGAAAUGUUGGCUGAAAUUCUGAAAUGCGUUUUCGAUCAGGCAGGAUUACUUGGUCGCGGUUGUAAUACUGCUUAUCUUGCGGCAUAUUCUUAUAACAAUUUAGACUUGGCAGGAUGUCGGCUUUUAAAUGCACUACUUCUCAAUCUCCUGUGGAAAGCGUGCUCGGUAAAAAAUGACUACUUAAGUAGCGUGCGUUUUUCCCAUAGAUUUUCGAUGUUCUUGGAAAUUCAAAUAUAUUUUAUAGAAACCAUGAACAAAAAUAUGCUUUCUUUUAGUCAAUCAAUAGAGGAUCACGUCUUUUUUAUAUUUUAUACUUAAGAAAGGAGUAUAAUAAGGUUUUAAAAAAGUUUCUAAUUAUGAGACUUUUUAAGACCGCGAUAUGUCCAUUCACAUAGCAUCGUACCUGGCCGUUUACUACUGCUCCUCAUGAAAUGUACAACAUGGUCCGCAUCCAUUGCAAAUUUUUAUGGACUCUGUAUGAUAUCUCUUUAACGGCAUAGAAAAAUAUGUGAUUCUCUUUACGCGGAACGCAUGCACCUCGUAGAGUGAAAUCACUAAGCGCUAAUGCAGCGAAUGAUCAGGCUCCAAAUUAUUCGGCAAUCAGAAAACUUCUUUAAAACCUAAUUAUACUCCUUUCUUAAGUAUAAAAUAUAAAAAGACGUGAUUCUCUAUUGAUUGACUAAAAGAAAGCAUAUUUUUGUUUAUGGUUUCCAUAAAAUAUAUUUGAAUUUCCAAGACCAUCGAAAAUCUAUGGGAAAAACGCACGCUACUUAAGUAGCCAUUUUUUACCGAGCACGCUUUCUACAGGAGAUUGAAAAGAAGUGUAUUUAAAAGCGGACAUCCUGCCAAGUCUGAAAUGUUAUAAGAGUAUGCUGCAAGAUAAGCAGUAUUACAACCGCGACCAAGUAAUCCUUCCUGAUAGAAAACGCAUUUCAGAAUUUCAGCCAACAUUUCAUGAGAUAGGUCACGCACUGUACAUAGACGACGUUCGGGGAUAUCAAUGAGAAUCUGAGAUACAAAUGUACUCACGACAGUUUGAGUGUCGUUGCCGACGAUGUCCACCACGUGUUACGCAGCGACGAGAGGUCAUGGAUGGUGCUUUGCUCGUGAAUCAAUUCAUAGUGAUAGUAGGCUUGCAAAACAUCUGUCGCGCUUUCUGCUCCCUCGCCCACCUGGACACAGUGACAUGGCAUAGUUAAGACCAGAGAUGAGUUUCGUCUCUACUUCUUCUGUACAAUCCUUUCCUUUUUCUACCUUCCUGAAUUUAUUCUGGUCUGAUAAUAUGGACUGUAUCUUCGUUACGUAGUCCGAUCUGUUCAUUAUAACGACGCCUGUUCCGUUCUCGGGUCUAGUUACCAGGAUAUAUUUAUUUUCUCUUUUUGACGUAAUUAAUGGAAGCUUUUAGGAUUUUUUAAGGCUAAAAGUGUCCACUUCGUUCAAAAUAACGAUGCUUAAUGUGUUACUGUUCCCCUCCCCCCCCCCGCCAAAAAAUAAUGAACCUAUGUGACGUGGGUCAAAAAUUCAGUGCAUGCUGUGCUCAGGAGCGCAUUUGUGGAACCACAGAUAAGAGCUGGGCGACGGGACGGCACGAAGUAUCCAUCAGGUUCACCGGUGCGUUACUGGAGGGCGAGGGGGGGGACGUCAGUGUACUUUUCAUAAGAACUUGCUAUUACUUUUACCGUGAUUACAGGAACAUAUAGUGUUCCCUAUGCACGUAAAAGCAACCGGCAAUGUGUCUGCGGUAGGGUAUAGUCAUCAGCGUGAAGUCGUCCAGCGCCCAUUCACUGCAACUUGAUUCCCGCCCUAUAUCAGCCUCUACACUCCAUCAUAUCUUCCCGCACAACCUAUCGCCAGGUGUCUAUCUGCCAUCCGCGUCCCAAGGCCUCACAACUACUUUCCUGCUAGUCCGCGUUGUUUCAAGUAACUCACAUCAUUUCCGUAGGCACUAAAAGUGAGACCUUUUUGAAGUGACAAAUGUAAGUCUUUGGGACCUUUUUAAGGCUAAAGUUGUCUACUUCAUUCAAAAUAACGAUGUAUAAAGUAUUAAUAUUUUUUCUCCCAAAAACCUAGGUGACGUGGGUGAAAAAUUCGGUGCAUGCUGUGCUCAGGAGCGCAUUUGUGGAACCGACUUGGCUGGAUGUCGGCUUUUAAAUGCACUUUUUUUCAAUCGCCUAUGGAAAGCGUGCUCGGUAAAAAAUGACUACAUAAGUAGCGUGCGUUUUUCCCGUAGAUUUUCGAUGGUCUUGGAAAUUCAAAUAUAUUUUAUAGAAACCAUGAACAAAAAUAUGCUUUCUUUUAGUCAAUCAAUAGAGGAUCACGUCUUUUUUAUAUUUUAUACCUAAAAAGGAGUAUAAUAAGGUUUUAAAAAAGUUUCCAAUUAUGAGACUUUUUAAGACCGCGAAAUGUCCAUUCACAUAGCAUCGUACCUGGCCGUUUACCACUGCUCCUCAUGAAAUGUACAACAUGGUCCGCAUCCAUUGCAAAUUUUUAUGGACUCUCUAUGAUAUCUCUUUAACGGCAAAGAAAAAUAUGUGAUUCUCUUUACGCAGAACGCAUGCACCUCGUAGAGUGAAAUCACUAAGCGCUAAUGCAGCGAAUGAUCAGGCUCCAAAUUAUUCGGCAAUUAGAAAACUUUUUUAAAACCUAAGUAUACUCCUUUCUUAAGCAUAAAAUAUAAAAAAGACGUGAUUCUCUAUUGAUUGAUUAAAAGAAAGCAUAUUUUUGUUUAUGGUUUCUAUAAAAUAUAUUUGAAUUUCCAAGACCAUCGAAAAUCUAUGAGAAGAACGCACGCUACUUAUGUAGUCCUUUUUUACCGAGCACGCUUUCUACAGGAGAUUGAAAAGGAGUGCAUUUAAAAGCCGACAUCCUGCCAAGUCUGAAAUGUUAUAAGAGUAUGCCGCAAGAUAAGCAGUAUUACAACCGCGACCAAGUAAUCCUUCCUGAUCGAAAACGCAUUUCAGCAUUUCAGCCAACAUUUCAUGAGAUAGGUCACUCACUGUACAUAGACGACGUUCGGGGAUAUCAAUGAGAAUCUGAGAUACAAAUGUACUCAUGACAAUUUGAGUGUCGUUGCCGACGAUGUCCACCAUGUGUUACGCAGCGAUGAGAGGUCAUGGACGGUGCCUUGCUCGUGAAUCAGUUCACAGUGAUAGUAGGCUUGCAAAGCAUCUGCCGCGCUUUCUGCUCCCUCAUCCACCUGGACAUAUUGACAUGGCAUAGUUAAGACCAGAGAUGGGAGAGACCGCAGGUAGCUGGCACGGCAUCAAAUCGUACCUACGGUCCACGGCAAACACUUGACUAUGAGAUCCCACGGAGUGCGAUUGCCACAGAGGACAAAUUAGGAAGGAGCAACUGCAGUUCACCACCUCCCACCAAGAUAUCUUUGUUCUCUCUUUUUGAAGUGAGGAAUGAGUGGGUACGCCUUAUCGCUUCCGAUCAUUCCAACAGGUCGAAAUCAUCAGCGAGCCACGAACUCCGCCUGUUCCUUUGUCCGGUCUAGUUACCAGGAUAUAUUUCUUUUCUCUUUUUGAAGUAAUUACUGGAAGCUUUUAGGAUCUUUUAAGGUUAAAAGUGUCUACUUCAUUCGAAAUAACGAUGGUUAAAAAAUUAAUCUUUUUCCCCAAAAACCUAGGUGACGUGGGUCAAAAAUUCGGUGCAUGCUGUGCUCAGGAGAGCAUUUGUGGAAUUCAUGCUGAGGGACAAGCAGGCUAUUGAGAUCAGCAAUGCGCUGCGCACAUUCGCCUACGACGGACGUCCCGAGGAACAGUUGUAUGGAACCCUUGCCUAUAAUCCACACCUCAGUGCCCCCGGUGCCUGUUUAAAGGUCCACGAGCCUGACGACGAGGACGUGGAGACGAUUCGUCUUCCAGCAAUUGUUCGCUAUAAACUCUGGACCACGACCUCCUGCCCUACCAAGUACGUGCGCUGGAUAUGCAUCUUGGGAUCGCAGAGUUUGCCAGAUCUGAUCCAUGCCCCCCAGUUGUUUGCCAACAAGUUCCAUGAGGAGUACUUUCCCGAGGGCUAUGACUGUCUGGAGUUCGCAAUCGCCCAGCGCAGCUACCGAGGUCCGGACGCCGAUUUCGAUCCAUCAGUAUAUGCGAGACUCUACUGUUCUUCUGAACAUAUUUGA